AGAGAGAGAGAGAGAGAGAGAGAGAGAGAGAGAGAGAGAGAGAGAGAGAUGGGGGAAUGGAGAAAAUGUUAUCUAGAUGUGAUACUGGUGCCGUUGGGAUUGAUGAUGAGCAUGGGAUACCACAUUUGGCUAUGGAAUAGGGUUAGAACUCAGCCCUUCACCACUGUCAUUGGUACUAAUUCCCAUGGCCGCCGCUUUUGGGUCUCCGCCAUCAUCAAGGAUAAUGAGAAGAAAAACAUCCUGGCCGUCCAAACGCUCCGGAACACGAUCAUGGGGUCAACGCUGAUGGCGACGACUUCAAUCCUCCUCUGCUCCGGCCUAGCCGCCGUCAUCAGCAGCACCUACAGCAUCAAGAAGCCACUGAACGACGCCGUCUACGGCGCCCACGGCGAGUUCAUGGUGGCGCUGAAGUACGUCACCCUCCUCGUCCUCUUCCUCUUCUCCUUCGUCUGCCACUCCCUCUCCAUUAGGUUCAUCAACCAGGUCAACUUCCUAAUCAACUGUCCGCCGACGGAGACCCCGAUCGGAAGCGGCGGCGUGACGGCGGAGUACGUGGCGGAGCUUCUGGAGAGGGGAUUCGCGCUGAACACGGCGGGGAACAGGUUGUUCUACAGCGCGGUGCCGAUCCUGCUGUGGAUAUUCGGGCCGGUGCUGGUUUUCCUUUGUUCCGGGACGAUGGUUUCUGUGCUUUAUAAUUUGGAUCUGGUUUUAAUUCCCGAUAAAUUAGGGAAACAUUCGGGAGGUGAGAUUCGUGGGAAUGGGAAUUGUACUCACUGUUUAUCAGUGUAACGGAGACAAAUAAUAUUCAAUUCUUCAUUAAAAUAAAUAAGAUAAUAAUCAUUCAAAAAUUACUCUUGGAGUUUUAUGAUGUUUUGGUACGAGUAAGGUAAUUAGAUACUACACGUGGUUAUUUACAUAAGAUGAAUUUAAAUCAUAAAU